GUGACCUUGUACUUGCCUCAGAUGUAGACGAUUAUAAUGAUCGGAAAGAAGGCUAUUUAGUUUAUUAAUUUUCUCAGGAGCCAUCGGAUGUAAAGGACAGCUAUUUGUUUGAGGCGAUCAUUAAUAGUUGUCGUGAUGUGGGUGAAACCAGAGGAAGUUCUUCUGGCCAACGCGCUGUGGGUCACGGAGAGGGCAAACCCAUACUUCAUCCUACAGAAGAGGAAAGGAUAUGGAGGAGGAGGUCUCACAGGGCUGCUUGUUGGCACCUUGGAUACAGUGUUGGAUAACAAGACCUACCCAUACCGUAUUCUUCAUCAGACACCAGGAUCAGAAGUUAGUUACUCUGUUGCCGUGGCGACCAACAAGCGAGAAAUCAGCAAGGACUGGGAAUGGCUGGAACAGCAUCUCAUGCAGACACUUAGUGCCUUUGAGAGUGAUGAGGAGGCGACUGACUUUGUACGCUGCAAGAUAGAGAGCUUGUUGGCCAACAGAGUAGUGCUCAAAGAAGAUGAGGAAACUGAGAGGUUCAAGUCGGCUACCAAGAAGUUCAGGAAACUAUUCAAUAUGCCAAAGGAAGAAAAACUUGUAAACUACUAUUCCUGCAGCUACUGGAAGGGCAAGGUGCCAAGGCAGGGCUGGAUGUAUCUGAGUGUGAAUCACCUCUGCUUCUACAGCUUCCUGAUGGGCAGAGAGGCCAAACUCAUCCUCAGGUGGACGGACAUCACGAAACUGGAUCGAGGCAACAACAUGUUGUUCCCCGACAGUGUCAAGGUGUCAACUCGGGAGGCUGAUCAUUUCUUCUCAAUGAUGCUCCACAGUAACGAGUCCUACCGUCUGAUGGAACAACUUGCUAAUAUGGCCAUGAGACAAUUGAUGCAAGAGGGUGGAUUUGAAGAAGAUACAACGAUUUCCUCCAGAACCAAACGGAAGACCUCAAGGAAGAUAUCGUCACUCAAGAGGGACCUUGACGCCAGAGCUCGGAGUGAGGCCUUCAGACAAGCGUUCCGGCUGCCCGACGGGGAGAAGUUGGAUGGGGACGAGGAGUGUACGCUGUGGACGCCUUACAACAAGCAGCAUGUGUGGGGCCGGGUGUACCUCAGCAACAACUACCUGUGUUUUGCUAGUCGGGUUGGUAUCCCAGUACGCGACCUUGUGACUGUCAUAAUCCCUCUCCGUGACAUCCUGGUGGUGGAGAAGGUAGAUAACUCCGUGUCGGGGAACCUGAUACAGAAAGCACUGCAUAUAACGACGAAAGGCAAGCUCAAUUUCACGUUUGCACAGUUUGAUGACAGAAACUUCAUCCUGGAGAAGAUAUCCGACUUCCUCUCAAAGCAGUCAAUUAACAGAAGCAAGAGGAGGACUGUCAGCACAUCGUCUGAGGGGAAAGGAAGCAUCAGUGAGGAGCCUGAUGAGGAACAGUUUCAGCCGGCCCUCAUCAGUCUGUUCUGCCGCCGCGACUCGGAUGAGCUGUCUUCCAGAGAAACCGUCAAACAACACUUGUGGGACGUAUACUUCUCUGAAUAUGGCAGGGGCAUGUGUUCGUACCGCACCCAUCGCACCCUGGAGCUCAUCCUGAAGGGCAUCCCUGACAAGUACCGGGGGGAGACGUGGAUGAUCUUUUCUGGUGCCCUGAAUGAGAUGAACACGAACCCCGGCUACUAUGCAAAUAUUGUGAACCAAAGUAAAGGGAAGUCCACCAUUGCCACUGAGGAGAUUGAAAGAGACUUACACAGAUCAUUGCCGGAACACCCAGCCUUCCAGACUGACCUGGGCAUCGGGGCGCUGCGGAGGGUGCUGACGUCCUACGCCUGGAGGAACCCCAACAUAGGUUACUGUCAAGCUAUGAACAUCGUGACCAGCGUGCUGCUGCUGUACACAAGUGAGGAGGAGGCGUUCUGGCUGCUGACGGCCAUCUGUGAGAGACUUCUUCCAGACUACUACAACACUAAGGUGGUCGGGGCGCUCAUUGAUCAAGGGGUGUUCGAGGAGCUGAUCCGGGACUACAUCCCGAGUCUGUACCAGAAGCUGGACACCCUGGGGCUGCUGUCGAUGAUCUCCCUGUCCUGGUUCCUCACCAUUUUCCUCAGUGUGAUGCCGUUCAACUGUGCCGUCAACAUCUUGGACUGUUUCUUCUUCGAUGGCGCCAAGGUGAUAUUUCAAAUAGCUUUAACCAUCCUUGACAACAAGAGUGGGGAGCUGCUGGGGUGUGCGGAGGAUGGGGAGGCCAUGACUGUUCUGUGUCAGUACCUGGAGAACGUGACCAACCGGGACUCCACCAUGCCACAAGUACAGCACACCUCCAACAUGUCCCGCUCACAGGACCAGUCGUCCGUUGACGUGACAGAUUUGAUUGACAGCAGUUACCGGAAGUUUGGCAUCAUCACCAAUCAGGACAUCGAGCAACUUCGUCUCAAGUACCGACUUAGGGUUGUACAGACAAUUGAGGACAACGUGAUGAAGAACAUUGUUCGCAGUGUGUCAUCGGAUACACUAUUUGAGGGCAAGGAGCUCGCCGACCUGUACAUUCUCUUCAAGGAGGAAUACUUGACUUCCUGCUACUGGCGCACCAGUCAACAGCCGGUGGACACGAGCGACAAGUAUGACCCUGCCAGACCCUACUAUGAGCAGUACAAGGUGGACUUUGACCAGUACAAGACCAUGUUCCUGUCCCUGUCGCCAUGGGCAACAGGCUCACAUGCAGGAGUCACAGCCCUUAGAUCUUUCAGGUACCUGGACAGCAACAAGGACAACAUGGUGAACUUCAAGGAGUUUGUGCACCUGCUGGGUGUGCAGUGCAAGGGGGACUUCAACCAACGCCUCCGUCUCAUCUACAUCCUCCAUCAGCCGCCCUGCUUGCUGCCAAAUGAGAAGGAUGAGGAAACACCUACAUCCCCUCAAUCAGACUCGACAGAGAGUGCUGUGGAGGCGACAGACUUCUUCGAUGACGAUGAUGCAGCCAACGCGCAGAAGGAGUGUGAUGCUGCUGAUGACUUAGAAUUGCCAAGUGUCCCUACUGUCAAGGCCACUGCCCCGAGAGACAUUCCUGCCCCUCCCGGGGAGAAGGCCUGCCCCCCAGGUUCCCUGCCCCUGGGGUCAGUGGAAAGAGACACAUCCCUAGGGGAGAGUGUUGGAGAGGAAUCUGGUCAAGACCCCACAGAGAACUCCAGCAUUGAAUCGCCUACAAGAAGCAUCAGUUCCAAGUCCAGCUUCAAGAGGUUUGAGUUGAAGAGGAUCCGUGCCGACAGCAAGGAUGACUUCAGGAGCAUACCGAGGAUGAACCAGUACCAAUUCAUUCAGAUGUGGAAGACCCUGUAUGACAUGUUCAAUGAACACGAAGAAGAACAGCAGCUCUACCAUGCAAUUGCCACCAUCGGCACGUUGCUUCUUCAGAUAGGGGAGGUUGGGAAACGAUUCAUGCGGAAAAGUGAAUCAGGAGACAGCAGCCUGUUUACUGAGUCUGACCUGCCUCUGUCCUCGAGCAUCGACAGUCAGAGUGACAUGUCCAUCAGCCCCAGUCAGAGAACUCUCGAGAGCAGCUCGCCAUUCGAAAGUCAUCUAAAUACACCAACGAAUUCAUCCAAUCCUUCUGCAGAUAAAGACAAUUUGACCAAUAAAACUUUAGCAGAAGGUGAUAAUGCUGUGGCUAUUAAAGACCCAAACAGCAAUGUAACUGAUGGGGAGGACAGUAUUGCCAAGGGAGACAAUGCUGACAAAUCUAAGGGGGAUAACUCUCAUGCAAAGGGAGACAAUUCUGACAAGUCUAAAGGUGAUAAUUCCCAGAAGGAACUGAAAACUGAGGACAGUUUGAAGGAGAAUGUAUCCGAAGAAGAAAAUGGCAACUCAAGUCAAAAAUCAGGCAACAGUGCUGAUGCUUCUCGGGAAAGUCGUAGCAGCGUUGCUUCCGAGGGUCAACAGUCGUACGAAGAGUCAUCCCCAAACUCCAGCAAACCAGACUCAGAAUGGUCGAUCUCCUUUGAACAAUUUCUUGCAUCCAUGCUAACUGAACCAGUACUAGUGAAGUAUUUUGAAAAGCAAUACAAUGUAUGCGAUUCAGUCUCAAAAAUGAGAAACAGAAGAUUACUAACACAGACGAGUACAUUUAGUCAGGCAUCAGCUCCGUCAAGCUCUUAAUAUCUGUGAUCAUAAUAGCUUUGUGUCUUCUAGAGUGUAUUUUCAAAUUUAUUAGCUCAGAUGUAGAAAACUUUGAUGAAAUGCAAAAAAUAUGUAUUGUCAUAAUGCAUUAUGAUAUUUGAUACAUAGGGUUAAGGCUAGUCUUGGGGCAUUUGCAACAUAUGGACCCCGUUAUGUAACUGCCUUAGGAUCUUGUGAAAAGUUACAAUGGAAGCUGAAAAAAAUACUAGUUGAGAUAGUUAUUUUCAAAGCAGAUAAUGCAGUGGCUUUCAUUUAAUAUAUUUCUUGGAACAGUGGGGAAGCCUAGUGGUUAAAGUGGUUGCUCAUCGCACUAUAGACCGGGUUUGAUUCCCCACAUGGGUACAAUGUGUGAAGCUCAUUUCUGGUGUCCCCUGUCGUGAUAUUGCUGGAAUAUUGCUAAAAGUUGUGUAAAACCAGACUCUCUCAGAAAAAUAAUCAAGUUAAAAUAUCCAUCUAUCCAUUUCUACAAAUUGAAUGCACAGCAAGACAGCCUAUGCUAAUGAAAUUACUUCAAGAAAUACUUCAACCCUGAGAUUUGUAUGUUGUAAUAUCAAGGACAACAAAUUUUGAAGUUGUUUAAUUAUCUCAAAAAUGUUGUUAGGUCAUAAGAUGUUUUAUUGAUAUUUAUUUAUGUAUUACCCAAAAAAUGUUUAGGUGAAAGGACUUUUUAUUGAUGACAUCUGUUAGUGCUUGUAUUUGCUUCGUUUAGACAUGUUCUUUGUUGUAUAUACUGUAGAUAUACAGUGUUAUUGCAGAAUAUUUGCAGUCUUAAAAAUCGGAUCUUUUCUUCAGCUUUGACAGUUCCCUAUGUCAAGAUCUGACACUAACUCCCUGGGAGGUCUUGUGAGGUGAACCCUGAACAAAGCCCAAUCAAAAUAUAUGAUGUGUUGGGGUUAGAGCCGUUAUACAUAGACUAACAUGAUUCCACUUCAUUGGCCAUCUGGCAGACGUGGGCCAUGCUUAUGGAAAGAAGUGCUAAGGUUGGUUUGGGAGAAAUGAAACCAUAGCUAGAUGAAGUCCUUGUGAAAGAUGUGAUUAAAACAACAGGGUGAAAACUAUCCACAAUAUAAUUUGGCCUUUCGUUUUCUCCAUUUGGAACUGCCUGUUUAAAUUUUAUUCCUGGAUGCAGCAGUCUUCUCCAUAUAUAUAUGCUUUGCUCUCUCAUACCAAGAAUUUAGAAACCUCCAUGUUGAUUGGCUGGUUGAAGAGUUCACGUGAUACGACUUCCUAACGAGGUUUGUCUUGAUGUCUAAGCAUGUUAAAAGAUCUGAUUUGAAUGAGACUUGCAAAUUUGUAUAUGAAACUAUUUUGAUGAAGGUGUUUGUUGUUACAUUGGUUCAUGGUUUCAAGAUAGGUAAUGUGUGAAUGUGACCACAGUGUCGGGCACUCGUCUUUUUAUACUUUGUUGACUAUUACUUUACAUUAAUUCUGUGGUUCUAUGGGUUAUUCAUGCAUAUUAAUUCAAGCUUGAAUGUAUCACUUACCCUUUGAUUGUGAAAAUUAACAUCUCUUGUAAAGAUGUAAAUCAAAAGUGAAGUCAUUAAGGGGACAGGAUCACAAAUAUGCACUAGUAGUGUUUUCAAAUUAAACAACCUGGAAAAGGACAACACGGGGCGUUCCGAACGACAGUUACGUGCUGUACGACUGAUUCUGUAGAAAUCUUUGUCUUUGUCUUACUUCAAUUGGAUAAACAUUGAAAUAAAAGACUUUCCAUGACCUCUGGGAAGUGCUGCUAUACAAUCUUGGCCAUCUGUUAGUUUUCAAGUUUUGAAUCAAUAUUUUUCAAAGCAUAGUCUGGAAUGGAAGUCGCAAGUUAACACGAGUGUCGAAAAGCUUGAGAAAGCUUCUUUCUGAUUGGUGAAUGACAAUUUCUUGUUGGUGAUUUCAUUGGUCGGUCAAAGUACACAAAAGGUCGUUCUGACCUGACCUGUAUUGGGAUGUCCUCAGAUCUUUGUGUAGUGGUAGUGAGAACUGAGAACUGAUUUCCCGAAGGUAUACAAUUUGUUGUUAAAACACUAUUAUGACAACACAAGGUUGAUGUGUGUCAGAGCUUGUUGAGAUAUGAAGAUUGAAUAUUAUUUUUGCUUCAGAUAAUGUUACUAUAUUUUGCUAUGCCAAAUGACUGCAUGCUAGUGCUUCCAUGACUUGUCUGCAUGUGUAAAUGUCAGUACACUAUAGGAUUUCAUGAGAUAGUGCCCAGCUGCCAUGGUAACAGCCAGUUUAUGCCUUGUCAAAUGAUUAUUUUGCGAGAAUACAGAGAAAUAGACAUAAUUAUUGGUGUGUGUGUGAUAUUUCUGUAAGGGUUUUCUUUAUGGUUGAUGGUCCAUUUUCCCUUAUUGAUAUUAAAUGCUGACAGUUGAUAUAAAAGCAAAAAAUGUUUGAUUUUACAGUGUCAUGAUGCAGUGUCUUGAUACAGUGUGUCGUGAUACAGUGUCUUGAUUCAAUGUGUCAUGAUGCAAUGUCUUGAUACAAUGUGUCAUGAUACAAUACGUCAUGAUGCAGUGUCUUGAUACAAUGUGUCAGGAUGCAGUGUCAUGAUGCAAUCUCUUAAUAGAAUGUAUCACAAAUCCAGAACAUAAAAAAGUUUCUUCACAUUUUUUGGCAUUGAGUCAUGGCAUCUUACAAAAAUCUAUCUUCUGGACACUUCUUGUGUAAGUUUUGGCACAUAUCCCUGGGAAAGUGCAAUAAAACUAACUGUUAGAUUUUUAUUAACCAUGAUGGUUAAAUCUUAGUGUUAAUAUUACUUCAUAUCAAUUAGAAUAAUAAAUGACAAAAUUCAUUACAUUUGAUUUGAAUGGAUCAUACCUAUCCGUAUAGUGCUUCCAUUACAUUAUUUGAUGAUAUUUAUAUUAUGUGUUAUGUGUUGCUUGUAUGAUCCUUUUAAAUAUGAUUCAUAUUAUUUCGAUUUAUCUCAUACCAUUUGUUUUAUGCUAGUCAACUUAAGAUAGGAAUACUGAGCUAGUGAUGCCUGUCGGGACCAGUGCCACCCACACUGGAUGUACUCAGUUUGGUGUGUGGUGUGCAUGUUAUUUGCUGUGAUAUGACCAGGAACAAUUCACCACCAUACCUUAGUUCUGGAAGUGACGCCAUACCUUAGAUCUGGAAGUGAUGCCAUACCUUAGUUCUGGGACCCAUGAAGAUCCGGGGUAGAAUAGUUCGUCAGCAACCCGUGCUUGCUGUAAAAGGUGACUAUUCUUGUCAUAAGUGGCAACUAACGAGAUCGGGUGGUCAGGCUCGCUGACUUGGUUG